AUGAAUAAAAGAAAAGGGUCUUUAGAACCAGAAGAUGACGAUGGAGAAUUAAAAAAAUAAUCUUCCUUCGCUUUUCGUUAAGUCAAUUCAAGCUACGGAGAAGAAAAUGAGAGCUAAUAAGGAGAAUUUACUCCGAAGAAAAAUGAGUAAAAUGAAAAUAUAAACUUCAAAAUUAAUGGUUCUGAUUCAAAUUUAGAAGAAUAGUAAUAAGAUUAGCAAAAUCUUAUUAAAAGCCAAUAAUACCGUAACAUGGAUGGUGAAUAAAUUCUACGUUACAUCAAAGUAAAGCUAAAAACAAACCCUUUCUAAAGAUACUAAAUUAGAAAUCAUAAAUUUCCUAUCAAAUUUUUACUACACAUACUGCUGAUAGCUUUUGUUACCAUGUAAGUAAAAAUUAUGGCAACUUAAGAGAUAGAUUACACUCGCUUCAACAUUGAUUUUUGGAAGAGCACUUUGCUUAAUAUAGAUCAAGGCGACGACAAUCACCAAUCUAAAUUCUUUUUUACUCCAGAAGAUUUAAAAAAGAAUUUGGAAGAAACUAUUUCUUUUUUCUAAAAUAUUUAAACUUAAACUUAAUUUGAAGUUAUUGACUAUGAUUAAACAAAAUUCUACCUUUUAAGUUAUUACACUAUUUGGCCAACUGAUAAAUCUCACAAAUUAGCAUAUUGUAGCACAAUUAACUUAAAAGAAGGAAUAACUCAACCAUUUUAAUAAGAUAAUGUGUUAAGUAUCAAAGAUUAUACUUAGAAGGUUAAUAUGUUCUAUUUGCUCAUUUAGAAUUUAUAAACCAGAUUUUCUGUCAAUUCUAAUAUUUGUUGGGAUAUUAAAAUUAUGUAUAUGAUAGAAUCUGGAUUCAAAGUAGAAGCUUCUGUUGAUGCUGAUUAAGUUGUAUGUGAUAAAAUUAAGAGUAAAUUAUCAUAAUAAGCUGAUCCUUAAUAAGAUGUGCUACGUAAUUUACAAGAAAAGUUCUCAAAUACAACAUUUUUAGGUGAAAAAUUUGCAAAUAGUUAGUUAAAAUUAAAAUAAUUCAUAAAUGAGCUCGGCACUAUAGCAAAUAAAUAAAAUAGAAGAAUAGUUGCAGAAGCCUUGUCAAAUUUCCAUAUAACUAAAGAAUGGAAUAAAUUUUUAGAAAGAAGGGAUAAACAUUAGUUAGUUAAGCCAGUUAAGUAAAAAGGUUAUCAAAGAAUCAAAUCACCCUUCUCUUAAAAACAUCAAAAAAGCCAAUUUAAUAUUCCUACUGAAAUACUGCUGCCAACAAAGGGACGUAUUCUUAAGCAGUAAAAUACUCUAAAAGCUACUAGAGGAUUUUAAACUGCAUUCAUAAAUUUUAUGGUUAUAAUAAUAUCUUCACUGCUAUUUUUCCUUCAUAUGAGGUAUGUUUAUAGAAUUUUUGUGCUUUAUGAAUGCGCAAAAUAAGCUACAGAUAGGGCUUACUUACAGAAUAUAAGACUAAAGUAAUCAACAAAAAAUAUAAUAACCUAUCAAAAUCAGCAAACUAGGUCAUCAUAGGACUAAGAUAGGUAGAUAUAAACAAAUAAACUAAGAAAUAUUUAUGAUAAUAAGCACUCAUUGAAAUGGGAAAAUAUAACAUUAAGAGAGAAAUUAAAAUUUUUCAAUAAAUGGUAAUUAUUAAGUAUGGUUGGAAAUUUCUUUUAGAUUUGUGGAAGUAUUUUGCUUUAUGUUUCAAGUUCUUCCAUAGAAAGGUAAGAAGGGCAAGAUAUUUCAUUCAUAUUUGACCUAAAAGAGAGAUUGAUUGGAUUUGGUUGCGCUAUAGCUUGGAUUACUGUAGUGCAAUAUGUUGAAUAUGAUCGUGAUCAUAUUAUAUUUUCAAACUUGAUGUCUAAAGUUAUCAAUCAGUGGCUUUAUACUUUGAUUGGUAUUUUCCCUAUUUUUAUGGCUUUUGGGAUAUUUGGAUAUUGCAUGUAUAGUGAUAGUGUCUUUUUCCAUAGCUUUAGUUAUACUAUGACAACUUUGUUUGCAACAUAUCAUGGAGAUCAAAUUUCAGAUUUCAUGAAUUCCAUUAAAGAGUUAUCAUCUCCUCUAGAAUAGAUGUACAUGCUUCUCUAUACUAUGCUAUUUGCUAUGGCAGUUUAUAACUUCUUUACAUCUACUAUUGGAUUAGCUUGGGAAGAGAUCAAAGAAAAAAAGAAAAAUAAACUAUUGAAAUAGUAGCUUAGGGAAAAUUACUUGGUUGAGGAAGAGCUGUUUAGGGCAAAAAAUUAAGGAUCUAGUGAUAAUAAUAAGAAUUAGAUGAGACUUUCUUAAGAUUAAAAAGUUAGCUCAGAUCAAUUACUAGAAUACAAGCAAUCACCAUUGUCUCCUACACAAUAGCUAACUCCUUCUAAAUCUAAUAUAAUAAGUAAAUAAAUUUCAGGUGAAAACGAAGAAGAAAUAGUUACCACUAGUGAACAUGCAUUUGAUAGAUUAAUUGAGUACAUUAAUAGAAAUAAAUAAGAUAUCAAAAAAAUUAGUUAAAAAGUUGAUGAGCACAAAAAAUAUAUUUGGACUGAUACAAUAGCUAAAAAGAGUCAAAUUGAAUAGCUCUUUAAAGAAAUGGUAGACUUUGAUUAAAUUAUAGAUGUUUUAGAUAUAGGUCACCAAGAUAAAGACGUUAUAAAACUAAAAUACAAAAAGUAUUUCAAUUAUAUAAUUAACUAAAUUAAUAGAUUGCAAGAAGAUAUCUGCACAAUAUGA